AUGGGAAGGUCACCGUGCUGUGAAAAGGUAGGGUUGAAGAAAGGGCCAUGGACACCUGAGGAAGACAAGCAGUUGUUAGCUUACAUUGAGCAGUACGGCCAUGGAAGCUGGCGAGCUUUGCCUGCAAAAGCUGGGCUGCAGAGAUGUGGGAAGAGCUGUAGACUAAGAUGGACUAACUACUUGAGAUCUGACAUUAAAAGAGGAAACUUUAGUCUUCAGGAAGAACAAUCCAUCCUUCAGCUCCAUGCUCUUCUUGGAAAUAGAUGGUCAGCCAUUGCAGCUCACCUGCCAAAGAGAACAGAUAAUGAGAUAAAGAACUAUUGGAAUACCCAUUUGAAGAAGAAACUAAGUAAGAUGGGCAUUGAUCCAAUGACACAUAGGCCAAAGAUAAACUCCUCCUUCGGCUCAGCCGCCAAUCUCAGCCACAUGGCUCAGUGGGAAACCGCCCGGCUCGAAGCCGAAGCUCGCCACUCAAAGUUCAUCAGCUCAGCUCAAAACUCCUCCUUCCGCCUGCCCACCAAUAAUCCUCCGCCGCCGCCGCUGCCCAAAGUGCCGCCGCCUCUCGACGUUCUAAAAGCUUGGCAAGAAACGUGGACCAAGCCGCCAAGGACGAGGGUUUCAUCCGGCGGCGCGUUUGUCCCAAACGCAACUCCACAUCAAUCUCCGACAACCUUAAAUAACGUUUCCGACCAAAAUUUAAACUUUUCCCACCAAAACUUAUGUUACGUGGAAACUCCAUACGUACACGAAAGUUCUUCGAAUAUAGUAAACCCUAACUCCACCGGCGACGCCAUAAUCCCGCAUGUUGCCAUGGAUCCCUUAUCGGACCUUCCAACCUUCAUUCAUGGGUUCUCGGAGCUUUCACCGCAAACCCUCACAGGAUAUUUUGACGACGACAAUGUCGUCGGAAACUGCGGCACGGCAGACAUGGAAGACAACAACAGUUACUGGAACAUCAUCCUUAAUAAUCUGGUGGCGUCUCCGGUGGGUUCGCCGGUGUUCUAG